CAUCAAAAAAAUCUAAACAAACCAAGUAGGAUUUUAUUUUACACCAGAGUGGGAAAACGCCGAAAUAUUUUUAAAGCGGUGCGGUGGUUCCUCCUUCUUCCCCUUUUAAUUUUUUUUAAAAAAACAUUUCCUGAAAACCAGCCAUUGGUCCUUCUCCUUCUCCCAGAAAAUAUAUAUUUUCUCUCUCUAUCUCUACCCUCUUUGCUUUCUCCUUCAUCUUCAAAAAAAAUCAAAAUCUAAUCACUUUCUUCUCCUAAAUUAAUCGAGAUCUCUUUUUCUCUCUCCUCUGAUUUCCGAUCUUCUUUUACCUAAUUCAACCUGUUUUUAAUCUGCUCAUUUUCAAAUUUUGUUUUCGAAGAAUCGAAUUUCGAUACGCAUUCGCCGGAAAAAAAGCGGAAAUUUAGGGUUUUGUUUUCGCGAUUUGUUGUUGUUUUGAUUGUGGAGGUUUGAUUGAAGUUGACGAUUAAAGGAGAAGAGAUUGUUGUGUUUGUGCUUGAUGUUUUUGAUUUUGUGAGAAAUGAAGCGUGAGUUAGCGGCAUUGGUGAGUAAGUCACCGGUGCUGGAUUCAAGUUUGAGAGCAACUCGGUCGAGUAAGCGGUCUUCUGGUGUUGGAGUUACCGAGAGUUUAGUGUAUAAGAGAGUGAAGAAGUCUGUUCAAGUGGCGAAAGCUGAGUUGUUGAGUAAUGGUGUUCAUGGAGUUGUUGAGGUUUCAAGGACAAGUGAUGAAGAAGUUGUAGGAUGUCGGAAUGCGAUUCGUGACGAUUCUAAAGAGGUGGAGGAGCGGGAGAAUGUUGUGGCAGUUGAGAAUGUGGAUGAGCCUUCUUCAAUGGUGGUUGAAGUGAAGGAUGGAUUGGAUUUGAAUAAUGUAGAGGAACAAGGUUUGGUGGUUGCUGGGGAGAAUGCGGUUGUUACUGAAGUGGAUGAUAUUAAUAGUGGUAGUAUUGAAGAUGAUAAAGAUAAAUUGGUGGAAGAAGUUUUGACGAAAUCGCCGUUGAAUGCUGUUAAUGGUGAUGCCAAGAAGUCGUCUGUUGAUAGUUAUCCGAGGCGGUUUACUCGAUCAGCAUUGAAAGCUAAGGUUGAUACAGUGGCAACAGGGAAUGAUUCUGUAGACGGAACAGUCGAAAAUAGCAAGGUAGUAAUGAAUGAGGAUAAUGGAGAAGUUUGUAAGGAAAUAGUAGUUGUAGAAACCUCAAUGAGUGUGAAUAAAGGGGAAGUAGAUAAUUUAUCACCUGAGAAACAUACAAGAAGAUUUACUCGGUCAGUUUCGAAGCCUAAAUCAGACGACAGUGAGUUGUGUUCUGUAGGAACUGUCAUUCUAGAUACAGAAAAGGCGGUACGUGGGACGAGUAAUGAGAAUGGAGAAUGUGAUGUUGACAAAGCUAGAGAAGAACCUAGUUCAGCAACUCCCAGGAGGAAAUUAGAGAUGAAAAUGUCAAAACAGAUAUCCCAUGCAAAAAUCCCAAGCAAUGUUCAGGAGCUUCUUGCGACGGGUUUGUUGGAGGGGUGUCCGGUUUAUUAUGAUGGCGGCAAGGGUCUGAAGCUUAAUGGAAGAAUCAGAGGUAUUGGCAUACUUUGUUCUUGUGGCUUGUGCAAAGGAUGCAAAGUUAUCCCCCCUUCUCUGUUUGAGAUUCAUGCUUGUAACAAGUACAAACGGGCGGCACAAUACAUAUACCUUGAGAAUGGAAGGAGUUUAAUUCAGAUACUAAAAGCAUGCAAGAGUACUCGUCUUGAUACAUUAGAAGCCACUGUUCAAAACGCUAUUGGUCCUUUGCCUGAAAAGAAGUUUAUUAUAUGUGAGAAUUGCAAAGAGCCAUAUUCCUCCAUGGACGCAGAAACUCCCGAGCCAGUGUGCAGUAAAUGUGUUAUGUCAAAUUUGUCCCCUAUUGGUCCAGUGUACUCAACUCGUAAACGGUGUAGGUCUUCGAAGUUUGUCUUUCCUUCUCAAGCUGCUUCAGAAUGUGGCGACCUUCAAGAUAAUAGUGAGCGAAAUACUGCUGAAAAGUCAGCAGAAGCAUUUCUUACACCAAAGUCGCACACUUCUCAAUCUGAUAUGCUUUUGGACGCGCUUCAAAAAAGAAGCCAAUCAUUACGAGUUAAAAGAUCUGCAGAUACCUUUCUUACACCAAAAUUACGUAGCAGUCCGAGGAUUAGAACAAUUUCGGGAACAAUGACGCAUGAAGAAAUGGUAAACAACUCACAAGAAGCAUCUUUUGUCCCAAAGAUUUGUGACAGUCCUGUGAUGGAAAAAUCUGCAGGAUCAAGUUGUCGCAAGAAAUUGAAGAAAAGGUCAUUUAAAGCAGCUUCAUCUCCAAAGUCUUUCAGAUCGGCUCGGGGGGGAAAAUCGUCACUUGGAAAUGAUUCUGCAAAAGCCUUGAAAAGGUCAAGAAAGGAACUUUUGACACCCAAGGUUCCUAAGACUCCUUCAGCUCUUAAAUCAUCAGAGAAGACGACCAGCGGAAAAAUUACGAGAAAAGAUCUCCGGCUGCAUAAGUUGGUUUUUGAAGAUGAUGUAUUGCCUGAUGGAACGGAACUUGGCUAUUAUGCAAGGGGACAGAAAUUACUGGAUGGCUUUAAAAAGGGUUCUGGAAUAUUUUGUAAUUGCUGUGACAUGGUGGUCAGUGCUUCACAGUUCGAGGCACAUGCUGGCUGUGCUUCACGGAGAAAACCGUAUUGCUAUAUAUACACUUCUAAUGGAGUCUCAUUGCAUGAGUUAUCAGUAACUCUGAUAAAAGAUCGUCUGCAAUCUGCCAAGUACAAUGAUGACCUGUGCUCAAUUUGUGCUGAUGGCGGGAAUCUUCUUCUUUGUGAUGGAUGUCCGAGAGCCUUUCACAAGGUAUGUGCUUCGUUGCCCAGCAUACCUCAGGGUAAAUGGUAUUGUAAAUACUGCGAGAACAUGUUUGAAAGGGAGAAAUUCGUUUCACAUAAUGCUAAUGCGCUUGCUGCUGGAAGAGUAUCUGGAGUUGAUCCCAUAGAGCAGAUAACAAAACGGUCAAUUCGAAUUGUCAACAACUUAGCUUCUGAAGUUAGUGCUUGCAUAUUAUGCAGAGAGUAUGACUUUUGCAAAUCAGGAUUCGGACCUCGCACAAUUAUACUAUGUGAUCAGUGUGAGAAGGAGUAUCAUGUUGGCUGCUUAAAGGAUCAUAGUAUGGCAGACCUUACGGAAUUGCCUGAUGGCAAAUGGUUUUGUAGCUUGGACUGUGGAAAGAUUGACGCUUCUUUGCAGAAUCUUCUGGUUAGAGGUGUGGAGAAUCUUCCUGAAUCCCUUGUGGAUACUAUCCGGAAAAAGAACAUGCAAAUUGGUUCUGAUAGUGAAACUGGUUUGGAUGUAAGCUGGAGACUACUUAGUGGAAAAAUUGCGUCUCCCGAAACAAGACCUUUGCUCUCGCAGGCUGUAGCCAUCUUCCAUGAAUCCUUUUCCCCAAUAAUUGAUGUGGUGUCUGGACAUGACCUUAUUCCUGCAAUGGUUUAUGGGAGGAAUGUGGGUGGUCAAGAAUAUGGAGGGAUGUACUGUGCUGUAUUAACAGUCAACUCAGUGGUUGUUUCAGCUGGAAUAUUUCGUAUAUUUGGGCCAGAAAUUGCGGAACUCCCAUUGGUCGCAACGAGCAGCGGCAAUCAUGGCAAGGGUUACUUUCAGACAUUAUUUGUAUGCAUUGAGAGGCUCUUGGCAUUCCUCAAAAUUAAGACCAUAGUGCUUCCAGCAGCUGAGGAGGCGGGGUCCAUCUGGACAGAUCGUUUUGGUUUUGAGAAGAUGACACUUGAGGAGCUUCGUGAAUUGAAGAGAAACUUUUGGUCAAUAGUGCGGUUCCAGGGAACAUCUAUGCUACACAAGUCGGUUCCAGAGUGCCGUGAUUUUGAAUGCUUAGCUCAAUAGUUAGGCAGUUAGCCAUGUAAAUGAAUAGAACUUGGUAGUGUCAUGUGUUUCUGGCGGAGAGGAGAGGACAACAUUUUGGGGAGUCCAAUUAACCCAUACACAGGGUGCAAUUAGUUGAUUAUAGGGUAGAUUUCAGUUUUAGGAUAUGUUUUAUAUAUUUUUUGUUUUUGCUAUUUUUGCUAAUACUUCCCCCUUAAAUUAAUAUGGCGUGGUUAAUCGACGUGCAUGUUAUUGUAUAUUUUUUCAUUAAUGGGGAAUUAUGUUCUGUAAUUA